AUGGCUUCUGCUCCUGCAGAUGAUCAUGUUUUCCUGUUGAAUAACUUCAAUGAAUUCUCGUCCUUGGUUCAGAAUCUGUCAUUCUCUGUUUGCAAUGAUUUAUGUGGGGAAAGUCAACUGUAUCCUCCAGGGAAACUCACAAGCCCUCUUUAUCCUCUUCCAUACCCUAAUGGCAUGCUGGAAAGUGGUUCUAGUUGUAAAUAUGACUAUUUGGAAGUGUAUAAUGGAAAUUCAACGUCAGCGAAAAGGCUGGGCAGAUUCUGUGGACAGCAAUUACCCAGAAAUCUGGUAUCAUCUGGACCCAAAUUGUUCACGGUGUUUCAUACGGAUGGCUCAGUGGCAUUCCCUGGUUUUGUUUUGAACUAUUCGACUCCUUAUGAUGUGGACGAAUGUGAACUUGAAAUUGACAACUGCGAUAGUCAUGCAUCGUGUGUUAAUACCAAUGGUUCCUUCAAUUGUCUUUGCAACUUUGGUUACGUUGGAGAUGGAGUGACAUGUCAAAACAUUACGAUAUGCCCGAAAAAGGUUGACCUCGGAUUUAUGUUGGACAGUUCUGGUAGUAUCGGGUCAUCUAAUUUUGAUAAAACAAAAUCUUUUAUCAAAGAUAUUACUGAUUAUUUCAACAUUUCGCCAAACAACACAAGAGUGGCAGUUAUGUCUUACGCGACACUUUCCACUGUGCACUUUUCAUUUUCUCGAAAGUUUGUCUCCCGACAAGAUCUUCACUCAACAAUAGACAGCAUUCCGUACAGUGGAGGAGGUACUAACACCGCUCAAGCAUUGAUCAAAGCUUAUGCAGAAAUGUUCAAUGACUCUCAAGUUACAGGAGUAAAGAAAGUUUUGAUAGUUUUUACUGAUGGUCGAAGCAGUGCAAAUGUUUAUCAACCUGCCCAACAACUUAAAAACAUUGGCGUCAUCAUAUUUUCCAUUGGAAUUGGCUCAGGAAUUAAUGUUUUGGAACUGAAAACAAUGGCUUCUGCUCCUGCAGAUGAUCAUGUUUUCCUGUUGAAUAACUUCAAUGAAUUCUCGUCCUUGGUUCAGAAUCUGUCAUUCUCUGUUUGCAAUGGCAAAGCGACAAGACCUUCUAAUACAUCUAAUCCAGAUACGACGCCUUCUCAUACAUCAAGUCGAGGCACCAUUCCACCCACUACUAAUCCAGCGACCUACAGGACAGUACCCUUUACCACAUUAGCGCCAGAUUUAUGUGGGGAAAGUCAACUGUAUCCUCCAGGGAAACUCACAAGCCCUCUUUAUCCUCUUCCAUACCCUAAUGGCAUGGUUUGCAGUUGGACUAUUUCCAGCACCAAUGGAAGAAAUAUUUUACUACAGUUUACAUCAUUCUCGCUGGAAAGUGGUUCUAGUUGUAAAUAUGACUAUUUGGAAGUGUAUAAUGGAAAUUCAACGUCAGCGAAAAGGCUGGGCAGAUUCUGUGGACAGCAAUUACCCAGAAAUCUGGUAUCAUCUGGACCCAAAUUGUUCACGGUGUUUCAUACGGAUGGCUCAGUGGCAUUCCCUGGUUUUGUUUUGAACUAUUCGACUCCUUAUGAUAUAGACGAAUGUAAACUUGGAUUUCACAACUGCAGUUUUGAAAAAUCAUGUAUAAAUACUAACGGAUCAUUUUAUUGCGUUUGUAUCAUCGGUUAUACAGGCACAGGAGAAGUGUGCACAGAUGUGGACGAAUGUGAACUUGAAAUUGACAACUGCGAUAGUCAUGCAUCGUGUGUUAAUAUCAAUGGUUCCUUCAAUUGUCUUUGCAACUUUGGUUACGUUGGAGAUGGAGUGACAUGUCAAAACAUUACGAUAUGCCCGAAAAAGGUUGACCUCGGAUUUAUGUUGGACAGUUCUGGUAGUAUCGGGUCAUCUAAUUUUGAUAAAACAAAAUCUUUUAUCAAAGAUAUUACUGAUUAUUUCAACAUUUCGCCAAACAACACAAGAGUGGCAGUUAUGUCUUACGCGACACUUUCCACUGUGCACUUUUCAUUUUCUCGAAAGUUUGUCUCCCGACAAGAUCUUCACUCAACAAUAGACAGCAUUCCGUACAGUGGAGGAGGUACUAACACCGCUCAAGCAUUGAUCAAAGCUUAUGCAGAAAUGUUCAAUGACUCUCAAGUUACAGGAGUAAAGAAAGUUUUGAUAGUUUUUACUGAUGGUCGAAGCAGUGCAAAUGUUUAUCAACCUGCCCAACAACUUAAAAACAUUGGCGUCAUCAUAUUUUCCAUUGGAAUUGGCUCAGGAAUUAAUGUUUUGGAACUGAAAACAAUGGCUUCUGCUCCUGCAGAUGAUCAUGUUUUCCUGUUGAAUAACUUCAAUGAAUUCUCGUCCUUGGUUCAGAAUCUGUCAUUCUCUGUUUGCAAUGGCAACGCGACAAGACCUUCUAAUUCAUCUUACCCAGAUAUCAACGAAUGCGAAACUAAUCCUUGUGAUGUAAAUGCAAAUUGUACCAAUAUACAUGGCUCGUAUGAAUGUAUCUGCCACAAGGGCUAUGAAGGAAACGGCAUAAAUUGUACAGACGUCAAUGAGUGCGAAGACAAUCCUUGCGAUGUAAAUGCAAAUUGCACCACUAUUAAUGGAUAUUAUGAAUGUAACUGUCACGAGGGAUAUGAAGGCAAUGGCACCAGCUGUGCAGAUAUCGACGAAUGCGAAACAAAUACUUGCGAUGCAAAUGCAAAUUGUAAAAAUGUAGAUGGUUCGUAUGAAUGUACCUGUCACAAGGGCUAUGAAGGAAACGGCAUAAAUUGUACAGACGUCAAUGAAUGCGAAGAAAAUCCUUGCGAUGUGAAUGCAAAUUGCACCACUAUUAAUGGAUGGUAUGAAUGUAACUGUCACGAGGGAUAUGAAGGCAAUGGCACCAGCUGUACAGAUAUCAAUGAAUGCGAAACAAAUCCUUGUAAUGUAAAUGCAAAUUGUACAAAUGUAGAUGGUUCGUAUGAAUGCACUUGCCUCGAGGGCUAUGAAGGAAACGGAAUAAAUAAUUGUACAGAUAUCAAUGAAUGCGAAGCAAAUCCUUGUCAUGUAAAUGCAAAUUGUACAAAUGUAGAUGGUUCGUAUGAAUGUACCUGCCACAAGGGCCAUGAAGGAAACGGCAUAAAUUGUACAGACGUCAAUGAGUGCGAAGACAAUCCUUGCGAUGUAAAUGCAAAUUGCACCCAUAUUAAUGGUUGGUAUGAAUGUAACUGUCACGAGGGAUAUCAAGGCAAUGGCACCAGCUGUACAGAUAUCAAUGAAUGCGAAACUAAUCCUUGUGAUGUCAAUGCAAAUUGUACAAAUGUAGAUGGUUCGUAUGAAUGUAACUGCCAUGAGGGCUAUGAAGGAAACGGCAUAAAUUGUACAGAUGUCAAUGAAUGCAAAGAAAAUCCUUGCGAUGUAAAUGCAAAUUGCACCCAUGUUGAUGGAUGGUAUGAAUGUAACUGUCACGAGGGAUAUGAAGGCAAUGGCACCAGCUGUACAGAUAUCAAUGAAUGCGAAACAAAUCCUUGUGAUGUAAAUGCAAAUUGUACCAAUGUAGAUGGUUCGUAUGAAUGUACCUGCCACGAGGGCUACGAAGGCAAUGGCGAAAAUUGCACAGACAUUGAUGAAUGUAAUGGCGAUAAUGAUUGCUCGUCAGACGCUGUUUGUCAGAAUACCAUCGGAAGUUAUGAGUGUGUUUGCAAUGCUGGAUAUAAAGGAAAUGGAAAGCAUUGCGAGGAUAUAGAUGAAUGUACAGAGUCACCACAGAAAUGCACUGGCCAAGAUCAAUCAUGUACCAACUAUCUAGGAACAUACAACUGUUACUGUACAAAUCCUCAGCAACAACUUAUUCGUGGUGAAUGUAUUGAUAAUGAAGUCAGUUCAGUCCAAGGCCAAUUGUUCAUCAUAAAUCAACCAUACGUUCCAGCCUUCGAUGACACACAAAGCUCAGAUUACAUAACCUUUACUACGACAUUAACAUUUCAGCUGACUAAUCUCUACACGAGCACACCAAGACUACGCUUUACGUUCCAUUCAAUCAUCAUUUUACGAUUAUUCCCAGGAUCAAUUGGAUUCGAUUACGUGGCGAUAUUUAACGAUACGAAAGGGAUAAACAAUGGAAAUGUUCAGGAAGAAUUGGCCAGUUCAAUAAAUGUCACCAAUAAUGGCACAUUUCUUGGCAAUGACUUCAAAAUCAGCGAAGAAACAAAUAUGACAAAGUUGACAAACCUUCUAACCGUCCAUGAUUACGACGAAUGCAAUCCUGAAAAUGUUGUUCAUACGGUUCAUUGUGGAAACAACGCAACAUGUGUCAACACGAACACAAGUUAUUACUGUGCCUGUAACCAGGGAUUUGUAAAGAAUGGCACUGCUUGUAUAGAUGUUGAUGAAUGUCAGAACAAGACUCACAAUUGUCAUGAAAAUGCUAAAUGCAUUAAUAUCGAUGGCUCUUUCGCAUGUCCUUGCAAAUCUGGAUACCGAGUGAAUGGGACUUAUUGUAUUGAUGUUGAUGAAUGUGUUGAAAAGAAUCACAAUUGCCACAGUAAUGCUACAUGCGAAAAUGUUCAUGGCUCCUUUGACUGUACCUGUAAAUCUGGCUUUUUAGGCGAAGGAACUAAUUGCAAAGACAUCAAUGAAUGUCAAUCGAAUCCUUGCGAUGUGAAUGCAAACUGUACCAAUUUUGAUGGUGGAUAUAAAUGUAUUUGCCACAAUGGAUACGAGGGGAAUGGCAGCGACUGCACAGAUAUCAAUGAGUGCUUGUCAAAUCCUUGUGAUGUAAAUGCCAAUUGUACGAACAACAAUGGCUCUUAUGAAUGCACUUGCCACAUGGGCUAUGACGGAAAUGGCAUCAGCUGCAAAGAACUAAAUGAAUGCCACCCAAGUCCGUGUGAUGUAUAUGCGAAUUGUACCAUUAUCAAUGGUGGAUAUGAAUGUGCUUGCCAAAAUGGCUAUGAAGGGAACGGUACCAGUUGUACAGAUAUGAAUGAAUGCCAAUCAAAUCCCUGUGAUAUAAAUGCCAAUUGUACCAACAUUCAUGGUUCCUAUGAAUGCACUUGCCACAUGGGUUACGAAAAAAGUGGCGUUGGUUGUAAAGACAUCAAUGAAUGUCAAUCACAUCAUUGCGAUGUAAACGCAAAUUGUACCAAUACUGAUGGAUCAUAUGAAUGUACCUGCAAAAAGGGAUACGAAGGCAAUGGCACAACUUGCGCAGAUAUCAAUGAAUGCCCAUCAAAUCCGUGCGAUGUGAACGCAAAUUGUACCAAUAUGGAUGGUGGAUAUGAAUGUUCGUGCCGCAGUGGAUACCAAGGGAACGGCACCAGCUGUACAGAUAUCAAUGAAUGCGGAUCAAAUCCCUGCGACGUAAAUGCAAAUUGUACAAACAAUGAUGGUUCGUAUGAAUGCACCUGCCAUAUGGGGUAUGAAAGCAAUGGCAUCAGUUGUGCAGACAUCAAUGAAUGCCAAUCAAAUCCAUGUCAUUUAAAUGCAAGUUGCAACAAUACCGAUGGUGGGUAUGAAUGUGCUUGCUACAAAGGCUAUGAGGGGAACGGUACCAGUUGUGCAGAUAUCAAUGAAUGUCAAUCAAACCCCUGUGAUGUCAAUGCCAAUUGUACCAACAUGCAUGGUUCCUAUGAAUGCACUUGCCACAUGGGGUAUGAAAAAAUUGGCGUUGGCUGUCAAGAUAUCAAUGAAUGUCAAUCUAAUCCUUGCAAUGGAAACGCAAAUUGUACCAAUACUGAUGGUGCAUAUGAAUGUACCUGCAAAAAGGGAUAUGAAGGCAAUGGAACAAUUUGCGCAGAUAUUAAUGAAUGCCAAUCGAAUCCUUGUGAUGUAAAUGCAAAUUGCACCAAUAUUGGUGGUCGAUAUAAAUGUUCUUGCCACAGCGGAUAUGAAGGUGACGGUGCAAGCUGUACAGAUAUCAAUGAAUGCGAAUCAAAUCCCUGCGACGUAAAUGCAAAUUGUACAAAUAAUGAUGGUUCGUAUGAAUGCACCUGCCACAUGGGGUAUGAAAGCAAUGGCAUCAGUUGUGCAGACAUCAAUGAAUGCCAGUCAAAUCCAUGUGAUGCAAAUGCGAAUUGUACCAAUAUCGAUGGUGGAUAUGAAUGUGCUUGCUACAAAGGCUAUGAAGGGAACGGUACCAGUUGUACAGAUAUCGACGAAUGCCAAUCAAAUCCCUGUGAUGUUAAUGCCAAUUGUACCAACAUUCGUGGUUCCUAUGAAUGUAAUUGCCAAAUGGGUUAUGAAAAAAAUGGCGUUGGCUGUAAAGAUAUCGAUGAAUGCCAAUCAAAUCCCUGUGAUCUAAAUGCCAAUUGUGCCAACAUGCAUGGUUCCUAUGAAUGCACUUGCCACAUGGGGUAUGAAAAAAUUGGCGCUGGCUGUAAAGAUAUCAAUGAAUGUCAAUCUAAUCCGUGCGAUAUAAACGGGUAUUGUAUCAAUACUGAUGGUGGAUAUAUGUGUGCCUGCAACAGGGGAUAUCAAGGAAAUGGCAGAACCUGUGCAGAUAUAGAUGAGUGUAAUAUGCCACCGGGAGCAUGUAGAGGAACAGGUCAAAUGUGUACCAACUAUCCUGGUGGACACAGCUGUAGCUGCAUCAGUCCAAGACAACUGCUUAGCAAUGGACAAUGUGUUGAUAUUGUGGCGUCUAUCCAAGGUCAAUUGCGGAUACAGAAUCGUCAAUUUCUCGUUGCCUACAAUAACCAAGCGAGCUUUAAGUAUUUCCAAUUUACUGAGGAAAUAAGUAAUGCGUUGGAAAAUCUUUUCAAAAGAACAGAGACAUUGGAAUCUACGUUUAAAGCAAUCACCAUUAAACGAUUAUUCAACGGAUCCGUUGGUGUCGACUACGUCGCAGGAUUUAGCAGCGCGACAGGAUUGAGUAGUGAAAAUAUUCGAAAUGAAAUAUCCAGGGCAGUAACCUUCUCAGAGAGUGGCGCGUAUCUUGGUAACGACUUUAAAAUCAGUGACAGCAUCAAUAUCACUCAAUUGCAAAUGGAAUUAGCAGAAUUGUUCAAAUUUACAGAUUACAAUGAAUGUGCCCAAGAGACUGUUUGUUGGGAAAACUCGAAAUGCGUCAACACAAACACCAGCUAUAACUGCGUGUGUGAUGAGGGAUUUGAACCUGUCAACGAUGGAACUGGUUGUAUUGCUGCGAAUAAAGGUGUUAGUAAAGACGAUGUUAACGUUGUCAAGACACUGCUUGUAGCAAUCAUUGUAUGGUUUACCUUGUGUUUUCUAAUCACCUUAAUCAUGACUGUGAUGGCGGUGUUUAGCAUUUGUAACUCCUUCCGCAGUGAGGCAAGUGCAGAGGAGUUUGGAAAAGAUAUGGAAGUCGUACCUGUCUCUAUCACUACUCCUGCAUACAAAUCACAUCUGGUAAUUGAUAGUUACUAUGUAAACGAAUAACCAUCCAGUUGCACCAACACCAUGCAUUUACUAAUUUUUUUUUUGCUUCACGAAGAUGAAACAUUUUCGAAGCUCUAAUGAAAAUUAAUCUGUUUUUAUAUGCAUGUAUAAAGACGUAUAUGAAGACGACAUAAAUUAUCUAAGCACGUAUUACAUAAGUUCCUGAAAUAUUUUUUAUAAUUUUAAAAUGUUGCUAUUUUGCAUGGUAUUUUAAGGGAUGCACAUGAUAAAAUCCGUUUUAACACACGAAUAUAAUAAUUAUAUUGCUUUUAAAUGCGAGCCAAUGCUAUAUCCACUUGUGUCGUUCAAAACAGUACUGAUUUGUGGAAUUAUUCCCAAAUUUUGCUACGAAGUUCUCAAAUUUUGUCAUAUUUUUGUGAAAAGGAAGGCAAAUUGGUAAUGGGCCUUUCUAAAUGAUUCGAAGAAAUUAUACUUGUCAGAUGAUUUUCAUACAAUUUGGCUAAUUCCAAUCACUGUGACCAAAAGUGAAGAAUUGACAUUCGCUAAUCUUACUAGAUGAACAGCGAUGGUUACGAAAUCUAAACUAUUUUUCUAAAUUAAGAAGCGUAUGAGUUCGUGAAAAUUGGGCAUGGCCGGAUUGUGCCGUCGUAAAAUCGGAAAAAGGUGCUCGCUAAAACUAGAAAGUUGCUCCCUAAAAAACAAAAAAGUUUCCCAAAAGUCUCGAAAUAUUAACAAUUGCUACAAAAAUUCAAAAAU